AUGUGCGCGUACAUCGGAUGGGGUGAGGAAGAAGCCAGUGUCAUGGAUUUGGACAACGACAGCAAAGUGACGCUGGACGAGUUCCAACGGUUCGUGGGGCACAUGGGUGGCCUGCAGCAGCUUUUCCAACAGCGUCGCCAGCGUGUGGCUCGGAAGCAAUGGGGCGUGGAAGCUCCUGCCAUCAUCGAGGUCGGUGCCCGUGUCCAGGCAUACCACCACACGGAG